ACAAGGAACUUCAAGGCGAGGAGGGGAAAGUAACGGAAAUAUGCAGAUAAAUGCUAGAACGCGCCAAUAGGAUCUUGCUAGUUCGUGAUUGGCUCUAACCACCUCUUUACUUGUUCUGCCCACUAUGACAAAUUGUUCCCAUUGGAAACAACAGGCUGUGUCUAUCUCGGUCUAGUUAUAACAAAUCUUUGCUAAAGUCAUUCCCAAAAAAACAAUAGCACUUCCGGAAACAAACCUACGGAUCUGGUAGUGGGACAAUCUACACUACGCUCCUCUCUGGAGAGAUGUCUUUAUUUGAACAAAUCCUUUGCAUGUUCUCACGUUGACUGUAAAAAAGGUUGAAAAUAUAAUCCGGCUAUUUUUAUAAAAUGGUGUAAAAUAUUUACAGGAAAUCUACACACCACUCAGUGCGUCACACAAAGCACUGUGUGCCGUGUCCAUAGAAGAAGAAGCCAUGUUCUGAUCAAUCUUGCAAGUUAUAUUCGAAAUAAUAAUCGAUUGUACAUGUAUAUGAGUGUUGGUUGAAGAUGUCUGCCACCCACAUGUCGAACGAAGGGUUUCAAAUUCAGUUCGCCUCUGUUAUGUAGAGUGUAUUGAAUACUGCAGUCACCGAGACAAUGAAACUUUUCGAAACAACUAUUGAGGAACUGCGAGCCGAAAGAUCCAGAAUAAAAAAAGAGAACAAGGACCUCAAAUCGAGGCGUCGAUCCCAUGAAAUAACGAAGAGAUGGACCGGUGAAAGUGAACGCCAAAACCACAGACCGAGUCAAAGUGCAACACGUAUCGGAAAAUGUGACAUCGGCGUUCAAUGCUGUGAGGCUUUACCUCGGGCUGGGGAGCAGCACCUGCGGGAGGAGGACCAGGGGACUGAGCUGCACUGUGGAGUGUAUGACGAGGAGGGCAACCCACAGAUGGCCUUUGUUCUGAUCAAACAGGAGGUGGACUGGGAGGCAGACUAUUCUGAUGACUACUCCCCUGGGUACAUACUGCUGAAGAAGAAGGGGGCAGGCCCCGACUCUGGUCCGCAGACAACCUCUCAGAGAGUUACCAGGCAGGGCCCUGGUCCCACCUGGAGCCGUCAGGGCCCUGAUCAACCGUUACACCCAGGAAAGGCCUCCCACCACCCAGUCUACCUCAGGAGCCGCAGCGGCCGUCUUCCAGGGAGAUCCAGACACCCAGGAGGCCCCCCAGGCACUCAGCCCAUCCCAGCUCAGGACCAGAGAGUUUACCAGUGAUAGUGCAGGCCAGGCCCCUGGAGCAGAACAGCAGUCACUGGUAAUAGCAGCAGCAGAGUCUCCAUCAACAUUACACCAGACAGCAUCUCCACAAUCAGCAGCCACUAUCCAGUCUACAUCACCUGUCCUGUCUGCUGUAUUGGUCCAGUCCACGGUAACUACUUUGUCAAAGAAACUGUCCAGUCGACCGUAACGGUGAAGUCGACAGCAGCAGCGUCAGAGCGCCUGCCACCUGUCCUCUCCGGGUUACCCAGAACCCCUCUAUCAGAUACACAGCCCCGUACCCCCUCGUCCACCCCAAUCAUCACCAUCGCAGUCCUUCACAGACGUUCUACCUGUAGCUCGUCCAAUAGCAGUGCCCUCAACACAACCAGCUAGGCCUACAGCUGUACCUGAUGGACCACCGGCCGCACCACCAACACAACCAGCUAGGCCUACAGGACCACCGGCCGCACCACCAACACAACCGCAACCGCCUACAGUUUUGGAGCAGUUGGGUGUUGCCACAGCAACACCAUCGGUCCAGUUUUAAUUUUAUUCUAGGGUUUAACUUAUUCAGUGCUGUUGAACGUUUAAACCAGACAUUUUUUUUAUUUUUUUUAUUUCACCUUUAUUUAACCAGGUAGGCUAGUUGAGAACAAGUUCUCAUUUACAACUGCGACCUGGCCAAGAUAAAGCGUAGCAAUUCGACACAUGGAAUAAACAAAACAUAGUCAAUAAUACAGUAGAACAAAAGAAAACAAAAAGUCUAUAUACAGUGAGUGCAAAUGAGGUAAGUUAAGGAAAUAAAUAGGCCAUGGUGGCGAAGUAAUUACAAUAUAGCAAUUAAACACUAGAAUGGUAGAUCGGCAGAAGAUGAAUGUGCAAGUAGAGAUACUGGGGUGCAAAGGAGCAAAAUAAAUAAAUACCAGUAUGGGGAUGAGGUAGGACAUGACUUGUUUUAAUAAUUUUUCAGAGCUAUUAGAUAUGCUUGGGAGGGUGCACUGUCUCAGCGUCCAGGCACAUGUUGGGCCCAACACUAUCAGUCAUUUGAAAGUUUAAACCGUCUAGGAUAGGCACCCUAUGACAUUGCAAUAUCAGAUUUGCUACUUACACUGAAAAUAAAUCUGUCUCAUCUCUCUGGGUCAGUUAGCAAGAACCAAUUAAAGUUCAUAUUUUGGUUUGGCUAUUGUGCUUCUAUGUUGGAAAUGUAUUAUUUCUCAUAUCAACUAAUGGCAGUUGGACAUCUACAGUGUUUUCAGAAAGUAUUCAUACCCCUUGACUUAUUCCACAUUUUGUUGUGUUAAAGCCUAAAUAUCUCAUUUACAUAAGUAUUCACACCCCUGAGUCAAUACAUUAUUAUAAUCACCUUUGGCAAUGAUUACAAAUGUGAGUCUUUCUGGGUAAGUCUCUAAGAGCUUUGCACAGCUGGAUUGUACAAUAUUUGCACAUUUAUUAUUUUCAAAAUUCUUCAAGCUCUGUCAAGCUGAUUGUUGAUCAUUGCUAGACAGCCGUUUUCAAGUCUUGCCAUAUAUUUUCAUGUAGAUUUAAGAACAUUCAAUGUCGUCUUGGUAAGCAACUCCAGUGUGUUUUAGGUUAUUGUCCUGCUGAAAGCAGAAUUUGUCUCCCAGUGUCUAUUGGAAAGCAGAAAACUAGGUUUUUCUCUAGGAUUUUGCCUGUGUUUAGCUCUAUUCCAUUUAUUUUUAUCCUAAAAAACUCCCAAGUCCUUGCCGAUGACGAGCAUACCCAUAACGUGAUGAAGCUACCACCAUGCUUGAAAAUAUGAAGAGUGGUACUCAGUGAUGAGUUGUUUCGGGAUUUGCCCCAAACAUAGGGCUUUGUAUUCAGGAUAAAUACAGUUUUGUAAUAUUUUUUUCUUUACAGGUUUCCUUUUCACUCUGUCAUUUAGGUUAGUAUUGUGGAGUAACUACAACGUUGUUGAUCCAUCCUCAGUUUUCUCCUUUCACAGCCAUUAAACUAUGUAACUGUUUUAAAGUCA